GGCUGAACCACAUUGCACAGCGGGGGAAUCUGAGGCAGCGAGGAUGUUGCCCCUGGCUGAAAGCUGGUGCUUGGGAGUUGUAGUCCAGCGGCCACCGCUUGCCUCACUCUUUCAUUAUGUGUCCUUUACGCUUUUAAUUCUUGCUCCACAACCUUCUGCUUUUCCCAGAACUGCCAGUUUCCCACAAGAACCCUUUACCCUUGCUGUGACCUCCCUCAUAUCAGUAGAAGUGCCCUCCUUUUCUCUCUACUACUCAUUCAGCCACACUCCUUCCUCCCCAAAUCCCUUUCCCCUGGGUCACUCUCCCUUUCUCUCCAUGUUUAUUUAUCCUACUCCCACGCCUAUUCUUGUGCCUCUUUCUUUCCCUCCUCCUUGGUGUCUCCUUCUGCUAUCUCUCUCCUCCCUGCCUCCAGGGACUCUCCUCUCCUCCCCAUUCUCCUCCCUCUCUCCCCCUCUCUCCCCCUUCUUGCUCCCUCUCUCGAGGGCCGGGAUUAAAUCCCUUGAUGAUAUCAGUCUGAGCAUUUGAAAAGAAAGAAAACUUUCCACAACAGGCAGUGCACACUGGAGAGGGGACCUCAAGGACAGGAGAGAGCAUUAAAGCUACAUAAAUGCAAUGGGCUGGCAAAGACUUUGGGCCAAGGAGCUGCUAUUGAGAGUGUUUUGUUGGUGGAGGUGAGAGGAAAAAUAGUGUUUAUUUGUCACUAAAUGGCAGUUGGACAGCUGCUUCGGAUCUGAACUGACAGAGAAUGUAAGAGGGAACGAGGCGAGUCUCUGGAAAAGUUAAGAAAUAGGCAGUCGAGCAGGAACAGAGCUUCCGAGGGAGAAAAUAUUUCUGUCAGAAAUCUCCAGCUCACAAGAUCAUUAAAUAUCAUAUUUAUUAAUCAAGAUUAACUGAAAUGAAGGACCUGUUGUUGCCGGGGGGCCAUACUCGCUCCCAUUACUGUCACCCCAUUUAAAUCAGGACAUCCGAGUUUCCUCUGCUGCCAUUCAAAGCCGAGAUAUUCACCGCCGCAAUCACAACAAAGUAUCUCUGGCAUCACUGUUCCACUAUCAAUGGAUAUUAAUUUCCAGGAUGAUCACGGCACAUGAUGCUGAUUCCAGGAUUAUCCAAGGACUGAUGCAUUUUAUCUGUCAGACUCUCCCAGGAUUUACUCACUGAUACAGCGAUUAUGGUAACCAUGUAACACAAGCUCAUUGAGACUGUGCAGGGAUUACUCAGGGGAUUUUGCACAUUGACACCAGGAUUGUCCUGGGCAGAAUCACAUUCCAAGCUAAAGCUGUUCAGUAUUCCUCUGUCACUUGAUGUGAACUGGUGUUACCCGAAACUGACACCGGACAGAAAUAUUCCUACAGGAAACACCAAUUGGAAAUAUUCAACUAUUUAUUUAUCUGUCCUUUUACUCACUGCUCUCUACUACCCCUAUCCAUAUCUUUCUUGGCUUUCUAACUCUGCUUCACUCCCUAUUUCUGUCUCUGCUAACCCUCUUUUUCUCUACUCACUGUCCCUCUACUUGUUCCCUAUCAUUGUCUUUCUUCUAAUUACCUAUUUCUGUUUCUCUACUCACUCCCUUUCUCUGUUCCUCUACUUCUCUCUCUCUGCUUACUUCUUUCACUGUCCAAAUCACCCCUCAAACUCUCCCUAAACUCUUCGCUCCAUAUUUCGGUUCCUCUACUCUAUCUAAACUCAUUCCAUAUUUUACUCCCUGUCUUGGUUCAUCUGAUCAUUUCCAUCUCUCUGUCAUCCAACUCACUUUCUGUUGCUUUCCCUCUACGCCCCUUCUUAUCUCUGUCCUUCUACUCAUUUGUUGUUGCUGCCCCUCAACUCUCUCAGUAUCUCUGUUCCUCGACUUACUCACUGUCCUUCUAUUCAAUCAAUAUCUCUUUAGUCUGCUCACUUAUUAUCUUUGACCCUCUGCCCACUCAGUAUCUCUGUCCCUCAACUUACUCACUGUCUCUGUCCUUCUAUUUAGUCAAUAACUCUGCUACACUACUCAUUCAUUAUCAUUGAUCCUCCACUCACUCAUUAUCUGUGUCCCUUUAAUCCUGUUUCUCCACUCCCUGUCUUUGUAACUCUACACCCUCAAUCAGUUAUAGCAUUAUUCUGCUUAUUUUUUAAUGCUGGUUCUUCCACUGUCGCUUUACUCACUCCUUACCUGAUUCUGUAUUGUACUGGUCUCCUGUCCAUACAUCUCUUCUCCUAGACAUUUUCUAUCAAUCUCUUUUCCUUUGCUCACUCUCUGGCUAAUUGUAUUCCUCUAUUUUCUUCCAUUCAAACUUGAAGUGCUACUCAUACCCUAUAUCAGCUCCUCUACUUACUUUAAUACUGUCCAUCUACUCACUCUCUAUCUCACUUUGUGCCUCUGCUCUCUUGUGGGACCUUUCCUUCUUCCACCCUCCCUUUUGCUAUAUCUUUAUUCAUUACUUUAGUUCCUCCCCACCUUUAUCUUUUCCACUUUGUCAAACUGGAAUGGUGUUAUUCAAACUGUCAUCACUGCACCUACGUCCCAUGUCCCCUUGAGAUUCUGACAAUCAGCACAGAUGUCAGAUGAGGAGCAACCCCCUGGACCAAAAAGCCACCGUGCAAUGGGAAAAGAGAUCACUAUGAAUCCCUCGCAGGAGUGGGGAGAAGAAGUGGAAGACGGGGCAGUGUAUGGAGUGACGUUGCGGAGAGUGAGGACGGAAGCCCCUGCUGGUGACACCCUGACUGUCCCCAUGUCUCCUGGCUAUGUGCAUUAUAAGACCUGCAAGGUCCGAGCUCUCAGGUCUGGAACACUGCAGAAUCUGGUGGAGAACCUGGUUGUCGAGUAUCAGGGAACCGAUCCGACUUACGUGCCCACAUUUCUCAGCACCUACCGUGCCUUCACCACCCCUGAAAGAGUCCUGGAACUGCUCUUAGACAGGCGCCUGGAAAGAGCAAGUGAAGAGGAGCAUGUUAAACCAGGGAGCCCUGUGCCAGAUACCCCUUCUGUGCAGAGAGUGGUGCGCUGUUUACUUCAGUCCUGGUUAGAGAAACACUCCCAAGAUUUCCGAGAUGCUCCUCACUGCUUGCAACUCAUUUCCAACUAUCUGAGUGGCGACAAGCGGGAGCCACCCAGCCCUCUCCUCCGCCUCCUGCAAAGUCUACAGGGGGAGAAUGAAGAAACCUCUACACCUCUGGGGUGCAAACUGAAUCUCCACCCAGCAGAAGAAGACACUGAGACCUCAGGUGCAGCCAUAGACUUACUGUCAUUCCCACCCCAAGAUGUGGCUGAACAGCUCACACUUAUGGAUGUGGAUUUAUUUCAGAAGCUGCAGUCUUGCCAUUGCCUUGGGAGUAUUUGGUCUCAACGUGACAAGAAGGAAAAUAGGAAUGUCGCACCCAGUGUUAGGGCCACUGUGGCCCAGUUUAAUGCAGUGACAGCGUGUGUGAUAGCAUCUGUACUGAACGACAUCCAGCUGAAACCACAGCAGAGAGCCAGGGUGCUGGAGAAGUGGAUAUGUAUAGCACAGCACUGCCGAUUCCUGCGCAACUUCUCCUCCCUCAGAGCCAUUUUGUCUGCUCUGCAAUCAAACCCACUCUAUAGGCUGAAAAGGACAUGGGCGUCAGUGAGCAGGGAUAAUCUGAAUAUCUUCCAUAAACUGUCCGACAUCUUCUCAGAUGAAAACAACCAUGGAAUGAGCCGGGAAAUCCUAACCAAGGAGGAAAUCCCUCUCCGUAGAACAAACAGCGCUCGGAAUGAGCCACGCCCCUUACAGAGGUCGGCAUCUCAGGUUCGAAACCCGAGACUGUUGCAGGGCACUGUCCCCUACCUGGGAACCUUCCUAACUGACCUCAUCAUGUUGGACACAGCAUUGCCCGACUACACUGAGGGUGGGCUUAUAAACUUUGAGAAGAGAAGAAAGGAAUAUGAGGUUCUGGCCAAAAUACAGAAACUACAGCUCACAUGCCGCCAUUAUGUCCUGACUGCCAAACCAGACAUCCUCAGGGCAUUUUAUUCACAAAGGCAGCUAACUGAGGACCAGAGUUACAGAAUUUCACGCACCAUCGAGCCACCUGCAGACUCCUGCCCCAACUCUCCCCGAAUUCGCAGGAAAUUAACAAAGCGCUUUAGCUCCUUGUUGCUGGGAUCAGAGGUAUUUGGUCCAAAGAUGAAUGGUGACCGUGUGUCUCCCUCAGGAUCCUGCAACAGCUGUGAGACUGAUGAAGGUCUGUUCUCUGCGUUUUGCCAUACUGAGUCCACCGCACAAAAGAAUUUGCAAGAACCUGGCACUCCACCUACCACACCGCGCCAUGAUGACCAGUCUCGUUUUGCCCCUCGUUCUCCAGUCUCUCCUUCCAGCACCCAGCCUUUGUACAACCAACAGAUUUCUGAUCUCUGUAUUAUACGUGUCAGCAUGGAGAACACCCAUGGAAACUUGUAUAAGAGCAUACUGCUCACCAGCCAGGACAAGUCCCGUGCUGUUAUACAGAGGUCACUGCAAAAGCAUAAUAUAGAGUCAUGUCAGCCUGAGGAAUUCCAGCUUGUGCAGUUACUCUCCGAGGGGAAAGAACUCACCAUUCCAGAUUCUGCCAACGUUUACUACGCUAUGAACACCUCGGCCAAUUUUGACUUUGUGCUGAGACGGAGAGCGAGAGAAAGUUGAAGUUAACCUUUCAAAAUUCCUCCCCACAAACAUAUCCAUCCCAUCCAGUUAUAUAUAUUCUCACAUGCCCUGCCUGUGCUCAUAACCAUGUUGGAGAGGCAUCGGACUGACGGCUCAUCUAAUAAACAGAGAGACAAACGGACAGAUUUCAGAAUGCGGAGCCUAUCUGAACAAUCAGUUCUGGGACGCAGUGUUGGCCCACAUUAUGGGGCGUUUUCCUGCCUCAGGACUGGAUAUGAUGUCACAAGAAUAGUGAUGGGUAACUACACACAGCACCACUAAUACAGGACAAUAAAAGAAAUAGAUCAUAGGGCCCCGGCAGAGGGCCCAUCCAGAAAAGAACCACCCACAUUCCCCAAUGCAGCACUGCCCCUGUGCAACUAGUAAUAGAAUGCAGUAGUAGUAGUAGAGAAGUGCAGCAGGUUGAAGUCAGGACAAUCAGUCCGUCGCAAACAUUUGCUGAGCAACAGGGUUUCACGCUCCUUCUCUUUCAGGUAGUACCACUAAUUUGGAUAAUUUAAGAAUGGGCGCAGUGUUUACUCCAGGCCUGGUAACCAAUAGCAACCAAUUAGAAAGUAUUAUAUACUGGCCUAUUGUUUGAAAAGCAAACAGUGACACUGUCCGGAUCUUAUGGGGGAGGUGGGGCAACAGAGAUAUUUUAUAAAUAUAUAUAUAUAUAUAUACAUAUAUAUACAUAUAUAUAUAUAUAUAGGAUGCACUGAAUCCAGGAUUCGAU